UUAGGCCGGUCCUUAACUGAGAGGAGCAGAAGCAGCACCCUGGUGCUGAAGUGAUAGCUCCUCCGCCGUUAGGCUCGAAGCUUGGUAUUGGUGCCGCCUCUUGUUACGCGACGUCAAGCCCGCACACACUGGCAAAUGGAAAACUUAGCUCUUCUUCCGAAUGUGUUCCAACACGGCUUCGUGUGAUUGUCUGGUGGUACUUUACACACAGAGAGAAAGGAAUAAUCCGCAGGUCUUCAGUGAGGAGCAUCCUGUAGGCUGUCCGCGUUUCUUCUGCGGAAGAGCUGGCGUAGUCGGGUCUCGUGUUUUAGCAGGGCCGGCUGCUCUUAGUAAAUGCAGUUUCUCUUUAACGUUCACUGCGUAAAAUGACAGUGCCGGUAUGACUUCAUAUACAAUAUAGUUAAUUAUUGUUGUGGUAGAAGCAGAGGGCAAAGUUGCAGACCUCACCCAGUCGUAGGGCUGUCAAAUGAUGUAAUGGAAGCAAUCUGGAUUUACCAGUUCCGCCUGAUCGUUAUUGGGGACUCGACGGUGGGCAAAUCUUGUCUUUUGAGGCGCUUCACCGAGGGAAAGUUCACUGAUGUCUCGGACCCCACGGUCGGGGUGGACUUCUUUGCACGAUUGGUAGAAAUAGAACCCGGCAAGCGAAUCAAGCUGCAGCUCUGGGAUACGGCGGGUCAAGAAAGAUUCAGAUCAAUUACUCGCUCUUACUACAGAAAUUCUGUUGGUGGGCUGCUGGUGUUUGACCUGACCAAUCGGAGGUCUUUCGAGCAUGUGAAGGACUGGCUAGAUGAAGCAAAGAUGCACGUCCAACCUUUUAAAAUUGUUUUCCUUCUGGUGGGACACAAGUGUGACCUUCCUUCUCAGCGCCAGGUGACAAGAGAAGAAGCAGAAAAGCUUGCUUUGGCUUGUGGGAUGAAGUACAUCGAGACUUCAGCGAAAGAAGCUACCAACGUGGAGGAAUCAUUUACUGUGCUUACCAGAGACAUCUAUGAACGAGUCAAGAAAGGCGAGAUUAAUAUUGAAGAAGACUGGGAAGGUGUGAAAAGCGGCUUCAUCCCAAAUGUUGUCCACUCAUCUGAGGAGGCUGUGAAGCCUGGCAAACGAUGCUUUUGCUAACUCCUGGAGGAAGUUGGAAGGUUGAACUGAAGUAUUCAUCUAGAAUUCUUUGAUGCAUGUACUUCAGCAGUAAGCACCAGGCCAUGCUGUGCCUGAACGUAAGGUUUGGCGUGUUAUUAAAAAGCUGCAGUCUUAAUUGCCAAGCAGUUUAACUAAUGGUUUGGUGGUAUACAAUAUGUGCACUUUGUAUAGUAGAACACAAAGCGCUUAUUGAGUCUAGCAAGCAGUAACUUACUUACACCAAUUGCCCCUAUCUUCCUGCCCUGUAUUAAAAUGCUUUAAUGCCCAUUUAUACAAUAGCAAGAAUUGCUUGCUUAUGCACAAGCAACUGCUUUCCCAUCAUUCCAGUCAUUAUGUGAUGUGCAUUCACGCUGACCAGCCAUAUGCAGCAAUCUUUCAAAAUCAAUAUACACAGAACAAACAUGUUGUAAGAAUAAAUUUCACCUUUACCAAUUCCAUGAUGGUGAGCUUUAAUUUGUUAUUACGGUUGGGAUGUUGUUUUUCCACGUGCCUUUCAUACUUCAUGCCAGAAUCUUCUGAUGUAUAUAGAAUGUUUAAAAUAACAAUGGCAAUGUUUAAUCCUGUGACAAAGUGCAAGUCAAACUUGGAGAAUUAACAUUGAAUCCUGCAUUAUAUAGUACAAUGUAUUUAUAUACUGUACAUUUAGAAGAUGAACUCUGUUGAAUAUUCUCUCUUCUUGUAUAUACUGAGUAUACCUAAAAGUGCACCAACUAUAGAUGUCCAGGCAUCUCAUCCAUUGAGAGGGUAGCAAUCAUGAUGGUGAUCUUGGCAAGCAGAAAUAAAGCAAAUAUGCAGUAGACUUCUAGGCAUUGUAUUUGAAGAUGUGUGUAAGCCUGGUGGAAUCUUACGAUGCUCAAAGCAUUGAGUUUAGCUCUUUAGACUGAAUGGUAUAGUGAGCUUUAAAGGGGUACAUCAUAGGUUGGGUUUGUAUUGCAGCAUUGUACAUUAAAUCCUAUAAUAAUUCUAAUCUGGCAAGAUAUAACAAUACCAUUGAGGAUUUAUACUGCACCAUUAUAAAGCUAACUCCCAUAAUAAUUUUAGUCUGGCAAGGUAUGGCAAUACUGUUAAAAAAAAUGCACUUAAACGUCAUACACCAUGGAGGAGUAUUAAGUCACAUGCUUCUUUAUUGUACAUUUCUUGGAAGAAAAUCUGUCUAAUUUCUCCCAAAUGAAUCUUUACCGGCAAUGGUAUUGACUCAACAGGGAAAUAAGCUUACCAGUGAUGCACAAGGGUAGAUUAAAAAUCUUCCCCUUUAUACACGUAAUCCUAUGCGCUUCUCACAACCAGAGGACCAUUAAAGGGAGAAGGAAAUUUUAUGUGCUCUGCUAAAUCUGUGAAAGAGGCACCAGGAGAGACAUUCAGAUUUCUUGUCAUCUGUGACUUGCAUGCUUAAUGGUUUUAUUUUCUUCCAGAGCAGCAGUGCUUGAGAGACUUACAUUUUUUUUUAUUUUGCAGUUCUGAUUAAGAAUAAGCUAGUUGAGAACGCAGACGUUAGUUGUGAUAAUCAAUACUUUUACAUAUUAUACAUUAGCCUUCAUUCCAAGUGCUUUGCUGUGCUGCAGCAGUGGAAUCCACGCCUUUUCAAAGUGAAAUUACUGUUGAAAUGACUAUUGUUUCGUGUUAAGUCCUGGUCAGACUGUACAUGAUGCAGCGUUGAGAUGGUGAUUUAACCUGUAAUGAAUACAUUCGGUAGAUAGUUCCACAGAGAACAACCUCAGCCUACCUUACAUAAAG